AUUCUGACGGUCAAACGAAUAUUGUUAUAAAUUUACCUUUCAGUAUUUAUUUCAAAUGUUUCCACGGUGACGUGUUUUUCAACAUUCAUCCCUGAAUAAUUUGUAAACAGCCCCCCUUAAGUGAUCCUGGCACAGAAGGAGGAGAUGGUCCGGUGGUUCAGGAUGAGGACAAGGACAAGGACUUUGAUCCUUCAGCAGAUAUGCUUGUCCAUGACUUUGAUGAUGAGCAGACACUAGAGGAAGAAGAAAAGCUGGAGGGAGAGACCAACUUCAAUGCUGAAAUUGGUGACCUCACUCGAGAGGGUGAGAUGCCCAUCCAUGAGCUUCUCAAGUUGUAUGGCUACAGUACUGGACGGUCUCCUGAGGAAGAGGAUGGAGAUGUUCAAGAAGAGGAUUCCUCAGAGAAUACGUGCAGCAGCAACAGUAAACUCAAGGAGGAAAAGCAGGACUUUAGUGAUCACAAUGAAGACAGUCAAUCAUCCAGUGAUGAAACCCCAUCCUGCAGCGUUUCUCACAGUACAGCUCAACUUAUCAGCUCUCAGCCGUCCAACUAUUUAGAAGGAAAUGUUGAGGAAGAAUCUGAAGAUGAAGAUUAUAUUCCAGCUGAAGACUGGAAGAAGGAGAUCAUGGUUGGUUCACUGUAUCAAGCAGAAACUCCUGUAGGCCUUUGCAAAUAUAAGGACAACGAAAAAGUAUAUGAAAAUGAAGAUCAGCUUUUGUGGAAUCCCGAGUUACUUCCAGAGGAGAAUGUUGUGAAGUUUUUAGCCGAGGCAUCUAGUCGCACUGGAGAAGAAACCGGUGUCCAUGCCAUUCCUGAAGGAUCACACAUCAAAGACAAUGAACAGGCACUAUAUGAAUUGGUAAAGUGCAAUUUUAAUGCCGAAGAAGCUUUAAGAAGAUUGAAAUAUAAUGUGAAGGCUGCCAAAGAGGAGAUGUCAGUUUGGACGGAAGAAGAGUGUCGAGGUUUUGAGCAUGGACUCAAAGCGUAUGGGAAAGACUUUAGCUCGGUACAAGCCAAUAAGGUGAAAACUAGAUCUGUAGGGGAAUGUGUGGCCUUUUAUUACAUGUGGAAGAAAUCUGAGCGUUAUGAUUUCUUUGCACAGCAAACCAAGCUUGGGAAAAGAAAAUACUUCCUUCGACCAGGAGUCUCGGAUUAUAUGGAGCGCCUUUUGGAUGAGAGGGAGAGCUCCGAGUCCAGUGGAUCUGCUUCUCCUCCCUCCACAUCCAACAAUAGCAAACACACGUCAGAGACGGACAGCGGCACAAUCACUCAGAACGGCAUAGCGAGCCAUUGCACAGAAGAGUCCCCUGCCUGUGACACUGACGAAACAUCCCAAAUGAAUGGCUCAACCACAUGUCCAGAUAUUUCUACAACAAACACACCCCCUCAUCCUCCUGACCCUGAUACCAACAGUCCAAGUGCAGAGGUCAUGGACAUCACAAUGAAACGGCAAGAAGAGGAAGGAACCCCAGAAAGACCUCUGAAAAGAUCUAGGACUGACACAGAUCCAAACACUGAGGGGGCUGUUGCCCACAGUGAAGCAGAAACCAUUUGACUCACCAGCAAACAGCAAGAGAAAGGGCUUAAAGGUCAAACUGCAGACAUCAAACCCUUGACCUCUUAAGAGGGUUUGAUCCAGGCAAGAAUACCCCGAUUUUAGCAUGAAGGAGCUGAGGUGUCUGAAUAUCAGGGAUGCAAAUGAAGUACAUGUUAACUUCUCACGUUAUUGCCACCCAGGUCAGUUCAUAUCCCACUCAUUCUUAGUGAAGACUUAUAGAGUCAUAUCAGACCAUCACUUCACCACAGUCAACUCUGUAGCAUUAUUUAUUAAUGUAGAUUAAGAUCAUUAAUGUUAUUUUUGUCCCUUUUAUCAUGAUGUUAGCACAAGAUGGUUCUAGCUAGCGGCACACUGUGGAAUUUUUUUGUUUUGUUUUACAUGACAUUAAAUACACUGUAAAUAUUACCUAUAUGAAAUUACUAUCAUAUAAAUACGCAUUUUUUUGUAUUUGGUACAUUUUUAAAGAAUCUUAGGCCCCUUAUUAUUCUAAAAAAAGUUAAAGCAUUCCAUUCUUUUAAUUUCCUGUUUGACCAAAGUUGAAUGGUUGUCAAUGAAAGUCCUUUUAACACUUGCUGAAAAGCUUUUUCAGAUCUCCUCUUUAUAUGAAAUAUUGUCAUAUUUUUGUAUUUGAUAGCUAUUUAUUUUUUUAAUCAGUUAGGUGACGCAUCAGGCCAGGAUACACAGUGUAUUUGUGUAGAAUGGAGCAGGACAGUUAAGUUAAAAGACAAAGCAGAACUGAAUGGUGCUAUUUAUUGUUUUUCUCACUUUGAGGAUGUCAUAUUAUUCUAAGAUAGCGGUUUUAAGUCUUAAUUAGAACCUUGAUCAAGAAAGAUGGAAUGUACAGAAUAGUAACCUAAGUUUUUGUCCACCGUGUAAGCCUUGGCUCAGGAAAAUGUUACAACUUUUCAAUAAGUUCAAAUGUAGUGUUAUCAAAUUGUAGAAAAUGUCAGCUUUAAUUCAUUAAACCCAGACUAUCUACCA